ACUCGGCCCCUACACCACUUUUAUGGCGCAACCGGCCUGGGCGUAGAACCCCUUUGGCCUACUCAGGAAUGGGUUUGGGCCAAGGCUAACCCAUUGCUCCCGCGGGACCAUGGAGUCCCUUCCCUCCGUAUCUGAAAGCUCAAACGAUCCUCCCUCCCCUCCGGUAUUGCUCUGCAAGUGUUAGCAUUCUGUACUCAUGGAGCUAGCCAAUAGCCAUGGCUUCUACUACAGCUCCCCAGUUGAACUCCACACCAAAAGGAGACGCCUUUCUCCCCUUAUUCCCCCACAAAACGCGAAUUCGUCCUCAUUUUCCCGGAAACUUACCGGAGUGCCCGGAAUAUACAUUUUCCGGUCAUUUCUGGGUGCAGGAAAAAGCUCGGAUCUUCAACAACCUGGUGGAAAAAUGGUAGUUGAAUUGGUUGGAGCUUUCAACGAUGUCACAGAUAGGAUGCCUCUUCUCUCUUCCGGUUCUUCUUGCCUUCUCUUCAAGACCCUGAAGCUCUCUAUCCCUCUUUUGCUUGUUUUACCUCUUGGUUCUGAUAAUCGAUCCCCACUAUCAAAGGCCCUUGCUGUUGCCUGUAUAUUAGCUGAUCUCGAGAUGGGCGCAGAAGUUAUUUCGGCUGGUAUAAUGAGAGAGGUUCUAGAAGGUGAUGCUAUAACCAUGGAUGAAAUCAAAACCCUUCUUGGUAGAGGGAUUGUCCAUUUAUUACAUGAAUUUUUUAGGGUGAGAGAAAUUCCUUCUAGAGCCAAAUUAUUGGAUGAUAAUGAAGAUGCUGCCACUCUAAGGAAGUUUUGUCUGACCUACUAUGAUGUCCGAGCAUUGAUCUUAGAACUCUCUCGCAGACUUGAUAUUAUGAGACAUUUAGACCACCUUCCAAGAUAUCAACAACAGUUGUUGUCUUUAGAUAUCUUGAGAAUAUAUUCUCCUUUGGCUCAUGCUAUAGGCACUGGGACCUUAUCUUUAGAGCUUGAAGAUCUAGCAUUCCGCUACUUGUUUCCUCAUUCUUAUUCAUAUCUUGAUGCAUGGUUGAGGAGUCAUGAGGCGGGUAAGAAGUUGAUAGAUGAGUGCAAGGAGAUGCUUCUUCAAACCCUAAAAGAUGACCCUAUUUUAGAGCUCAUGGUGGAUGAUAUCUCAAUUCAUGGCCGAUAUAAGAGCCGUUUCAGCACCAUGAAGAAGCUUUUGAAGGAUGGCCGUAAGCCUGAAGAAGUACACGAUAUCUUAGGACUACGUGUUAUAUUGAACCCUAGGUUUGGAAGUGAGGCAUCAGAGAGAGGUGUAAAGGCAUGUUACAGGACAUGUGAGGUGAUACGGGGUCUAUGGAAAGAAAUUCCAAAUAGGACUAAAGAUUAUAUCUCUAAACCAAAAGCAAAUGGUUAUGAAAGUUUGCAUAUGGCUGUUGAUCUAAGUGAUGAUAGUAAGAGAAGACCCCCAAUGGAGAUACAAAUACGAACAAGAGAGAUGGAUGCCAUGGCUUCUGGUGGAAUUGCAUCACAUUCUCUAUAUAAAGGAGGACUAACAGAUCCUGAAGAGGUAAAGCGUCUCAAGGCCUUAAUGAUGGCUGCUACUGACCUUGCGGCACUGCAUCUCAACAAUCAACCCACUUCACAAGGCAUUGGUUCACUUGAGAAUGAACAUAGGAACCAAAUAUUUAAUCUUUUUGAUAAGAACGAAAAUGGUCGGAUAAGCAUUGAGGAACUCAGAGAAGUGAUGGAAGAGCUGGGUGCUGAGCAAGAGGAUGCAAUUGAGCUGAUGCAGCUGGUUGAUUCUAACAGUGAUGGAUCAUUGAGUUCUGAUGAAUUUGAUUGGUUUCAGAGACAGGUUCGGCUUUUGCGUAAUUUGGAGGACAGAGAUGAUAAAUACAGGAGCCUCCUGGGCGAAAAGCUUCCAUUCUUGGGUGAUGGCACAAACAUAUCUUAAAGCAUCAAAUAAUGGAACCAACUAGUUGAUGAGUUUGUAUGUAAAGUGUAUCAUAAUAUUUUAUGUACUUCCAAGUUGAUUUUAAACAUAAAGUACAGAAUCCCUGUAUUACUUAUACAUAUAUAUUCUUCUAUUUUUGUUUGUUAAUUCAACAAAGGUGUAUUAUUUAUUGUUA